UUUGGCCGUCUCUGUUAUUCCGGAAGGUCUAGUGGCUGUUACAACUGUAACAAUGGCUAUCGGUGUUCGUCGAAUGGCAAAACGUAAUGCAAUAGUAAGAACUUUACCAGCUGUAGAAACACUUGGUAGUGUUACUGUUAUUUGUUCAGAUAAAACAGGCACCCUUACCGAAGGAAAAAUGGGACCAAUAGAGUUAUGGACUGCAAAUGAUUCAUUAUAUACCUUCACAAAGCCAACUUCUAUGGAUCCAAAUGAGGGUGAUAUUUUAUUCCUUUCCGCAAAGCAUAAUCAAAAAGCCUUUGAAUUACAUGAAGACUCAAUACAAUCGCAAAAAUCGGAUAAAAUGGUUUACAAAUCAUUAAAUCCUAAAGAAGUUCCAAGAAAUCCACAAAGUGUGCCACCACAUUUGAUGACUGCAUUAAUGGUUUCUUGUCUAUGUAAUAAUUCUUCUGUCACCCAAGAAAGUGAUGGUGAAUGGAAAGGAGUUGGUGAUCCAACUGAGGUAGCACUGUCACUCGCAGCACAAAAAGGUGGACUGUCAAAGGGUUACUGGGAGAAAGAUUGCGGAUUCGUUAAAAUUCAUGAAAAGGCGUUUGAUAGUGAACGUAAAAUCAUGAGUGUUGUUUAUAAUAUUGAAGAUUCUACAUUAUUAGGACAUUCAAAGUCAGCAAAACUAGUACUUGUUAAAGGAGCACCAGAGGAAUUGCUUCGAAAAUGUACACAUCAUCUACCAGAAGUUGAGUCAACGGAAAUAGAUUUACCAUUUGAUAUAAUUUUUGGACAAAAAGAAGGAUGCCAACCUAAAGAAUUAUCAGAUAAAUUUAUUGACAUUGUUUCUGAUCAAAGCUCGAGAAUGGCAUCGAGAGGGUUACGAGUUCUUGGACUAGCUUUUAAACCAGUUUACGAUGAUAUAUCUUCGUCGUCUAGAUUUUCUCAUGAUUCUGAGAAAAGUCAAGACACUCCAACUGUUAACCCUUUAUUCGAUGAGACAGAUUUAACAUUUAUCGGUCUAAUUGGACUAAUAGAUCCGCCUAAAAAAGCAGUCAAAGAGUCCAUUCGUAAAUGUAAGGAGGCUGGAAUUCAGGUUAUAAUGAUAACUGGUGAUCAUAUAGCUACAGCCACAGCAAUAGCCAAAGACAUUGGAAUCAUCGAACCAGGAGAUCCGAAUACGAAUUUGGCAAUUCUUGGAGCAGAGUUUGACCUGCUUUCCGAGCAAGCAAUAAAAGAACUGAAUCCAUUUCCUAGUGUUUUUGCACGCGUUAGUCCUGAUAACAAACUUAAGAUCGUCCAAGCUUUACAAAGCCUUGGAAAUUCAGUUGCCAUGACUGGUGACGGAGUUAAUGAUGCACCUGCAAUUAAAGCUUCAGAUAUAGGAAUUGCUAUGGGAGUAAGCGGCACGGAAAUAACAAAACAAGCAGCAGAUAUUGUUCUAGCAAAUGAUGAUUUUUCAACAAUUGUUAUAGCAGUAGAAGAAGGCAGACAAGUGUUUGACAAUAUUCUUAAAUUCAUAGUAUAUCUAUUAAGUUGUAAUGGAGCGGAAAUAAUAUUGAUGUUCUUAUGUGCGAUUAUUAAUACGGAAUUACCGUUUACAACUAUUAUGAUUUUAUUUGCAAAUAUAAUUGAGCCGGCAGAAGGAGACUUAAUGAGACGUAAACCAAGAGAUCCAAAUUCAGGUGUACUUAACAUUUACACGACCUCAAUUUUAUUAAUGCAAGCAACGGUAAUGGCAUUAGCAACAUUUGGAGUAUACAAAAUUGGAUUAUCAAUAGAACAUUUGGAUAUAAAAGACGCACAAUCUUUGGCAUUUGCUACGUUAAUUACAAUGCAAUUGUUUCAAGGGUUUUUAUCCAGAACUUUAAAUGAAAGCUUUUUUAGGACUCCUUUAUUUGGAAACAAGUGGAUGAUUAUAGGAGUUUUUGGAUCAUUUGCUGCACUAAUUAUUGGUAUAUAUAUUCCAGGAGUCAAUGAUUGGUUCUCACUAAACCCGGUUCCAAUAUUAGGAUGGGCAAAAAUAGUAAUAUGUCUUUUAAUACUGAUAAUAUUUAGUGAGAUUGGGAAAGCGUUUGGAAGAAGAUUAAGAGAUAAAGAAGUUUCUACGAGAGUCUAA